AUGACGAGUCUAAAAGUUCUGAGCAUUAUUCUUUUAAUGCAUCUCGUGGUGGCUGACUUGCCAACCAAUUACGAAUAUUUUACGAAUGACGGAAUUCAAUCUGGGCUUAAUGCAGAUCAACCCAAUUUUCUUCUUAAUGGCAAAGAGAUUUUCAUAUACAGUGGAUCCCUGCACUACUUCAGAGUACCGAGAGCGUACUGGCGAGACAGAUUGAGGAAAAUGAGGGCUGCAGGAUUAAACACUGUCGAGACAUACAUACCAUGGAACCUGCACGAAUAUAAAAACGGUGUUUUCGAUUUUGGGCAAGGUGGUUCCAAUUUGGAAGAUUUUUUACAUUUAGAGGAGUUUCUUCAAUUGGCACAAGAGGAAGAUCUAUUUACCAUAAUUAGGCCAGGACCUUUUAUCUGUGCCGAAUUCGAAUUUGGAGGCUUUCCAAGCUGGUUGUUAAAAGAACCUGAUAUUGUCGUGCGUACGUCGGAUCCAAUUUACACAAAAUACGUAUCUAGAUACUUCAACGUUUUAAUGCCUAUAUUGAGUAAAUAUCAAUUCACUAAAGGAGGCUCAAUAAUUGCUUUGCAAGUAGAGAACGAAUUCGCUCUCAGCGGUCGAAGUGGCCAUGCACCAGACAAACAACAUUUACUCGACCUUAGACAACUUAUACUUGAAAACGGAAUUGUGGAAUUAUUGAUGACUUCUGAUAACGCUAAGAAAAGAGGUACAUAUGGAACAAUUCCGGAAUAUUUUUUACAAACAUCUAAUUUCAACAAAGACCCCGAAGGUGAAUUCGAUGCAAUGAAGAAAACCCAAGAGAAUCGACCAUCGAUGGCAAUGGAAUACUGGAGUGGCUGGUUUGAUUUCUGGGGCAAAAGACACAACACUUUUGCAUUGGAAACGUUCACUGACAUUUACGAGCGCAUUUUAAAAUAUCCAGCGUCAGUUAAUUUAUACAUAUUUGUUGGUGGUACCAAUUUUGGUUUUCUUAGUGGAGCCAUGAGUCAAAAUGGGAAAGAUGACAAUUCAGAUUUUGGCCCAAUCACCACCAGCUACGAUUAUGAUGCUCCAAUUGCAGAAAAUGGUGAUUAUACCAAUAAGUAUGUGACUGUUAAAGACUUAUUAGCCACACAUAAUCCAGUAAAAACUAAGCUACCUAAUCCACCCGCUUUGAUACCAAGAGUUGCCUACCCUAGUGCAAAAGUGGUGCAACAAAUAGAAUUUUAUACGUUUAUAAAUAGUAUCACACCCAUAGAAAGUGAAAAACCCAUUUCUAUGGAACUGUUACCCAUUAACAAUAAUUCUGGCCAAAGCUACGGAUAUAUUGUGUACAGGAAGGAACAAUUAAAUAUUCCAGCAAAGAGUGUUUUAAAGAUUGGAGGUCGUGUGUGCGACACUGCGAUGGUUUUGGUAAACGGCGUUCUGCUAUCACCGCCCAUCAACAAAACAAAUGAUUUGCAAAAUUUUGGUGUUUGGAAGAUGUUGGAUGGAGAACUGGUUUUAAAUAACGAAGAUCUGCAGAAUGCUACUGUAGACAUUAUUGUUGAGAACUGGGGAAGGAUUAACGUAGCUGUUUAUAACGGAUUUAAAGGACUGUGGCAAGGCGAUGUUUACUUAAAUAAUGAGGUCCUGACAAAUUGGAAAAUAUACCCUCUGGAGUUUAAUAAAUCCUGGAUUCAGGCUCUUACAGGCUGGAGUGGACUUAAAUCUAAUUAUGGACCAAGCGUGUACAGGGCUGUUUUAGAAAUUACAGGUGAACCUCAGGACACUUAUUUGGAUAUGGCUUGGUGGACAAAAGGAUUGGUGAUUGUAAAUGAUUUUGUACUGGGCAGAUAUUCCAGAAUAGGGCCACAACAAACUCUUUAUUUGCCAGCACCUUUACUAAAACGGGGUACAAAUAUUAUUAUUGUUUUUGAACAUUUCCAUGCUUCAAACGAAUUGUGGUUUGUUACUGAUCCUGUGUUUGAGAAUCAUUAA